AUGAUCAACUCUGCAAAUUUCUGUGCACAUCUUUCUUCCGAUAUGAGCAGAUCAAUAGGAUUUCACAUUUGCAUGGUCCUAUGCAGCAUCCUGCUCAGCUCCACCAGCCUGCAAUGUCUAACCUUUCAGAAACCGGAGAAAGACACAGUAUGGGUCCAACAAACUGCAUUGGCAGGGAAUGGGCUAGAAGACAAGAGGAUGAGCAUGCAAAGCUUGGAAAAUAACAUAGGCCCUUCUGAGCAAUCAACCAGUGUUGCUGUCUCAGAAGAGCCAUCUGGAGUGUCAACAGAGCCAUCUGGGACUUCGUUAAACAAGAUCUUCACCGCUAAAGGAGAAACGCAGCACACAAGUCUUAGUGAUAAUCUUUUCAUAGGCAGUCAGAGCCUCGAUGUUUACCCCCCUACAGUGUCAAUGGUUGUGGCAGAUGAAAGUGAGUUCAGUCCCACUGGCUCAAGCAAAGAGUCGAGUGAAAAUGGGCUACUGAAGGCCAUGCUAACUACAGCUUUGACUACUCUCAAUCCGGACAUUGAGGCUGAUGUGCUCAGUAGUACUGUGUUCAAGACGACAGUAGGGGGUAGCACAGAGGCCGGACAUAGUUUUAUUAGUGACCUGGAUAAGCACUUUUUUAGGAUGGAUGCUAUAGAAGGAGGGAAGAAGGCAGAUGGUAGUUCCGACCUCUCAGCUACACCCCAGCUUAGCAAUGAAGAAUUGCCAACUCUGCACCCCAGAACCCAAAACUUAGAAGUGGUGAGUGACUACCCCACAAGCCCUUUACUUUUGGCUCAUCAAACAGCUGAUUCUGAGCCUGGAACACUGGAGCCAAAUGUAGGGAGCCCUUUGCAGUUGACAGAUGCCCGUGCCUCUGCCCUCACUGCGAAACAGACAUUUGUAUCCACUGAUGCCUCCCUAAAUUUGGAAACAAAAACGGACAGCAGGCAAGGGAGCUUGCGAGUGGCAGCUAGUGCUGUCACAGGUGCUCCAGCUGUCUCUGUACUGAGUGAUGAUUGGGAUGAUACAAAAUUAGGAACUAUAAGUCAGGUAAGAGGCUCAAAGCAUGAGGAGGAAAAACAGAACGAUGUGAUAGCGGAAUCUCCUUGGACAACGGGAGGAGAGGAUGAUGAAGAUGAUGUGAAAAGAGGCAUGCCGUUUACAGCUUCUGCAUAUGCAACAACCGUGAAACUAGAAAAAAACAUGUACCCUGGGCCAGCACAGGUGUCAAUGCAGGGGGAGGUGAUGCCAACAGUUUCCGCUGGCCAAACUUCUGUUUAUCUCACAAGUCCCUUGGCAGAAGCUGAAGUGACUGCUAUAAACACAAAGAAACAUACAGAACCAGUCACAAUGGAUGAUAGGAAAAGUGUCUCCUUGUCAUUGCCAGAGACUGUUACUAUGACGGACACAAAAUCCAAUAGCUUCCUUAUCCUGGGAAAUUCAUUAAAAGGUGUUACUCAAGAGACGAUGACAGCCAGUCAAGAAACUGAUGCCACCUUGCCAGUCAUGACACCAGCAUGCUUUGCUGUACACGAGACCACAAGUGAAGCAAGCGUGACAGAGGAAGAAAGCAAGGGGGCAACCCUGAUACCAACUGUUUCUAGUGUAGCCCAGCUGUCGAAAAAGUCAGAACAGUCAGCCACUACUGUCGCCUUUGCUGCCACCCAUUUGUCUAUUGCAAAAACCCCAGAUGCCGAAGUAGUCUUAACAGACCUGGUCACUGUCUCAGAUGAGGAAGCAGUCACUGCUCUUCCCGAAUCCUCAGAGACCCUUGCUGGAAUGAGAAUGCAGGUGGAGGAGCUGACCCGGAGAACUGCGACCCUGGCAACUCCAGCUUUGAUGGCAUCUUCUGUAAGGAGAACUGUUGUUCCAUCUGUGAGGCGGAUUAGCACAGCUGUCACCUACGGAUUGGACCGGCUGGAGUCGGAAGAGGGGGAGGAGGAGGAGGAUGAAGAGGAGGAUGAAGAAGAGGAAGAGGAGGAAGACAGAGAUACAGACUCAAUGGAGGAAAGCAUGGAGGGUGACACGGAGCUGCCAGGUUUCACUCUUCCUGGCGAAACUUCCCAGGAGCCUGUCGUUGGCAUAGGAGACUCUGCAGCGCAGCUGGCUGGGGUAUCUUACCAAGUUCCAGACACCAUUGAAUGGGAACAGCAAAACCAGGGCCUUGUGAGAAGCUGGAUGGAAAAGCUAAAAGAUAAGGCGGGAUACAUGUCUGGGAUGCUGGUUCCUGUGGGGGUCGGUAUAGCUGGAGCCCUGUUUAUCCUGGGAGCGCUCUACAGCAUUAAGAUCAUGAAUCGCCGAAGGAGAAACGGCUCCAAAAGGCAUAAAAGAAAGCAGAGGGAAUUUAACAGCAUGCAAGAUCGAGUAAUGCUCUUAGCUGAUAGCUCUGAAGAUGAAUUUUGA